AUCCUGUACAACAGGACCAUGGUGCAGCUGGGGAUCUGUGCCUUCCGCCAGGGCAUGAUCAAGGAUGCCCACAAUGCCCUGCUGGACAUCCAAUCGAGUGGCCGCGCCAAGGAGCUGCUGGGCCAGGGCCUGCUCAUGAGGAACAUGCAGGAGAGGAACGCCGAGCAGGAGAAAAUCGAGAAGAGGCGACAGGUAAGCUACGGCUCAGCUAAGCUAAACUCCGCAAAGAGACCACUGGUCGGCUACGGAUAGGUUAGGCCCAGCAGAAAAGACCAGAGGUAGCCUGAGGAUAGGCAUAUGAAUCAAAUCUUUUAAACAAUUAUUUUUGAUGAAACUAAUGGUUCACUUUGCCGUUAUAAAAGUUUGGAUUGGUUCAAUCGCAGUGACUCAAAAUAAUCAUUUGUGAAUCGCGAACAGUAAUUUUAGCAACAAAUAUUAGCUGUAGCCUCGCUUGGUAAGGUCACUAGGUGUUGUACUAAAGGUUGUUAGUAGUAGUAUUUUUACAAGGGGUGCGUUCACCUCUUAUUUUUUCAGAUAUUUAAUCUUUAUUCACUCGCUCGCGUCACUUUUCGAAAAAUAUGAAAUCCAUUAAACAGUCAAUCAACUUUGUAUCGUCUUAGGAUGAUAUACACAACAUAACCAAAAGUAUGUGGGCACCUGCUCUUCAAACAUCUCAUUCAAAAAUCAUGGGCAUUAAUAUGGAGAUGGUCCCCCCUUGCUGCUAUAACAGCCUCAACUCUUCUGGGAAGGCUUUCCACUAGAUGUUGGAACAUUGCUGCGGGGACUUGCUUCCAUUCAGCCACGAGCAUUAGUGUGGUCGGGCACUGAUGUUGGGCGAUUAGGCCUGGCUCACAGUCGGCUUUCCAAAUAAUCCCAAAGGUAUUAGAUGGGGUUGAGUUAAGGGCUCAGUGCAGACCAGUCAAGUUCUUCCACACCGAUCUCGACAAACCAUUUCUGUAUGGACCUCGCUUUGUGCACGGGGGUAUGGUCAUGCUGAAACAGGAAAGGGCCUUCCCCAAACUGUUGCUACAAAGUUGGAAGCACAGAAUGGUCUAGAAUGUCAUUGUAUGCUGUAGCGUUAAGAUUUCCUUUCACUGGAACUAAGGGGCCUAGCCCAAACCAUGGAAAAACAGCCCCAGACUAUUAUUCCUCUUCCACCAAACUUUACAGUUGGCACUAUGCAUUAGGGCAGGUAGCGUUCUCCUGGCUUCCGCCAAACCCAGGUUUGUUCGUCGGACUGCCAGAUGGUUAAGCGUGAUUCAUUACUCCAGAGAACGCGUUUCCACUGCUCCAGAGUCAAUGGUGGAGAGCUUUACACCACUCAAGUCGACGCUUAGCAUUGCGCAUGGUGAUCUUAGGCUUGUGUGCGGCUGCUCGGCCAUGGAAACCCAUUUCAUGAAGCUCCCGAAGAAACAGUUAUUGUGCUUAUGUUGCUUCCAGAGGCAAUUUGGAACUCGGUAGUGAAUGUUGCAACCGAAGACAGGCAAUAUUUACGCGCUUCAGCACUCGGCGAUCCCGUUCUGUGAGCUUGUGUGGCCUACCACUUUGCAACUGAGCCGUUGUUGCUCCUAGACAUUUCCACUUCUCAAUAACAGCACUUACAGUUGACCGGGGCAGCUCUAGCAGGGCAGAACUGACUUGUUUUACGAACUGACUUGUUGGAAAGGUGGCAUCCUAUGACGUUGAAAGUCACUGAGCUCUUCAGGAAAGCCAUUCUACUGCCAAUGUUUGUCCAUGGAGAUUGCAUGGCUGUGUGCUCGAUUUUAUACACCUGUCGGCAACGGGUGUGGCUGAAACAGCCGAAUCCACUAAUUUGAAGGGGUGUCCACAUACUUUUGUAUAUAAAUAGUGUACUAUAGUCUCUUUAUGAAUAUUGUACAGUAUUACACUGACUGUAGUUGGUUUCCGACGUGACAUUGUUAUCCAUCUUGUUUCAGGUUCCCUUCCACAUGCACAUCAACCUGGAGCUGCUGGAGUGCGUGUACCUGGUGUCUGCCAUGCUUCUGGAGAUCCCCUACAUGGCAGCCCAUGAGUUUGAUGCCCGCCGCAGAAUGAUCAGCAAGCAGUUCCACCACCAGCUCAGGGUGGGCGAGAGGCAGCCCCUUCUGGGUACGUACAGUAGACUGUGCAGACAAAGCAGGGUUGUGUUCGUUAUGCACUAAAUGGAAGAAAAAAGACAGAAACUGGGAGGGACUACCAGGACCUGUCCAAUAAUAAAUGCUAUUUAAUUUUUUUUUCAAACUUUUUCUGUUGAGUGCUCUAAUGAACACAGCCUAGUUUAGGACCAAAAUGUGGGUGGUUACAUACCUAGAUAAAAGACGGACAGGAUUUAAAGGGGCAGUGCAGUCAAAUACGUGUUUAAAAUGUAUUUCCACACUAUGAGGUUGGAAUAAUACUGUGAAAUUGUGAUAAUGCAUUUUAGUGUAAGAGCUGCAUGAAAAGACAGCCUGAAAUUACAGCAUGUUUGGCUGGGUGGGGUUUUUGGACUGCCUGGUGACAUCACCAGCCAGUCCAGAAAUAAGUUAAUAGACCAAUAAGAGAGUUUGUCCUGCUCUCUGCCAAUAACAGCUAGUUACACAUCCCUCCCAUUAGGCUCUUCCAAAUAUGCCCCUCUCUGACCACUCUCAGACAGUCCUUGCAAAAUUCUUGCUUGAGAAGUAGCAUUUUUCCAAGAAGCUGUUUUUGUUUCUUUUUGACCAUUUUAAUUGAAAACAAUCACAGUAAGGUACUUAAUUCUUAACCAGAAAUUAUUUGAUAUUGUGAUAAAAACGGCUGCAUUAGACCUUUAAGAAGACAUAGGGGCACAUUUUUUUUGUUUUUGUUUUCUGAUUAGCCUUCACAAUAUAAAAAAUAUCCAGUAAUCCCGAGAUGUACUUUGAGGAAAGUGGGUGGCUAAGAAUGUCAUUAAUCCUUACGAUAAGAUUGUACAGCUAAUACAGACAAGUACCAAUACAGAUACAGCAAUGGACAUACACUAAACAAAUCUAUCCCUCUCCAUGGCCCUUCCAGGACCCCCAGAAAGCAUGCGCGAGCACGUGGUCGCGGCCAGCAAGUCCAUGAAGAUGGGCGACUGGCGCACCUGCCACUCAUUCAUCAUCAACGAGAAGAUGAACAGCAAGGUUUGGGACCUAUUCCCUGAGACGCAGUGCGUACGAGAGAUGCUUGUCAGGUGAGUGUGUCGAAAAUGGAUGAUAUAAAAGGGCUGCUUUAACCCCUAUUGUGCAACUGUCCCCCAUUUUAUCAGUAGUCGUAUUUCAGUAGGCAGUAUCAACGAAUCGCAGCCUGGAAUGGUUGAAUAAAAUGAAUUCAAUCAAGUUGUAGUAGGGCUAAUAAAACAACCCUUUAGUAGCUUUCCUUUAGAAAAAUAAAGUUGCACACUAGUACUCACAGUAGUUUGUAAUUUCAUGACUGAACUAAUGUUUCGGCAACACAGUGCCUCCUUCAGAGGUAUCAUUCCUGUAACGUUUCCUGAUGGUUUGUGGUUGCAGGAAGAUCCAGGAGGAGUCUUUGAGGACGUACCUGUUAACCUACAGCAGUGUUUACGACUCCAUCAGGUAAUAACUUUUAAAACUAAUCGGGCGGUUUCCCAGUUAUAGAUUAAGCCUAGUCCUGGACUAAAAAGCACUUUCAAUGGAGAUUGUCUAUUCCGUGUAGCCUGGUCCCCAACUGUUGUAUAGCCAACUCCUAUGGCAUGACAACGACCAUGGGGAUUACUAUAUGCUUAUUCUGGCGUAGUCAGCCUUCCAAAAUCCCGUCUUGUUCACUCAGCUAUUGGAAGUCUGGUGAACUUCAUGUUUGGGUUUCUGCCAGAGUCGGUGACAUUCAGUGCUCGCAUUUGAUUGGCUCUGAGUAGAAAUGGCGUUUCCCCUCCGGAGAGGCAUUUCCUUGUCUAUCGUGUUUUCGUUUUUUUGUCCAUAUCUCGGUUUUAGUAGCCUAUGCGGCAUUCGUUUUGUAUCUUAUGUAUGCCAACUUGUUGCAAGUCAACAUUUGUUUUUGAAACACAAUGUCUUUUAAGAACUGCACCCAUGCAAAAUCCUUGAUUGGUUUGAUGUGUCAACACGUCACUAGAGUCCAUCUAGACUACCAAACUCAACCCAAGCAAGACUGCUUCCUGAGGAGUUGCUUUCUAACUACUGUGAGAAACCUGGGAUUCGGAGGCUACCAUUGGUUAUACAGCACAAAAUGAUCUGGGACCAGGCUACAUCUACUCUGCCUCUUUAUAUCAUUUGCUUGCCUGGUUAAACAGAUGAAUGGAUAAAAUAAAAUAAACGAAUUUCUCCUUCCCCUUUUAUUGUGUCUCAGUAUGGAGACGCUGAAGGAGAUGUUUGAGCUGGAGCUGCCCAUGGUGCACAGUAUCAUCAGCAAGAUGAUCAUCAACGAAGAGCUCAUGGUAAAACCCACGGCAUCAAUGUGUCAUGUGUAAACCGUACAGCACCAUAGACUUAAUAAAGCUAGAUGACAUGAUUGUAUGAAUCUGGAGGUGUAAUAUGUAAUAUGAGGUGUGUCUCUCUGAAUGGCUUUCGCCUGUGUGUGUGUCUGUCUGUCCAUGUCUCGUCUGUGUCACUCCUCCCCCAGGCAUCCCUGGACCAGCCCACCCAGACGGUGGUGAUGCACCGCACAGAGCCCACCUCCCUCCAGAACAUGGCCCUGCAGCUGGCCGAGAAGCUGGGUGGCCUGGUGGAGAACAACGAGCGCGUUUUUGACCUCAAGCAGGGCGUCUACGGAGGCUACUUCAACAGAGGUUAGUGAAGCAGCCACAUAGAAUACAUGUGCAGAGCCUUUCGUCUAGUGGUAACACCUGACUCCUAGCACAUACAUGCCAACCGCAGAGACCGGGGUUCAAUCUCCGUGUCCGCCAUUUAUACGGUCCCCCUUCUAGGGCUGACAUGGUAAUUGUAUAACCGUGUAACCGACGAUUAUGGAUGAAGACCGUAAAUAAAAUAAAAUAAAAUAACCGUCAUAACCGUUCGAAUACAUACAUUUUAUUGUAUUUUUAAGUACAUAUGCCCAAUAGCGGUAGUGUACAUGAAUGAGUAUUAUAAAUAAUAGUUUUUCUACCUUAAUCCGUCAAACGGUCUCCAUCUUCUCCCUCUAAAAUGCGCUCUCUCCUUAAAAUAUACUCCCUUUGAUGCUGUAACAUGAUCUGUAUCUACCUUAUGUGCCCAGCUAUACGUUUUAUCCGGGGGGGCCAGUAUGAAAAAUGUAUGCACUCACUAAUUGGGAGUCGCUCUGGAUAAGAGCGUCUGCUAAAUGACUAAAAUGUAAAUGUAAUCCGGUUUGUAAAGAUGCAAAAACAAUGCUAAAAACCACCAUCUCUGCUGAAAUGAACUACCAAAUGUGAUUCUUGUUGAGUGUGGACCUUUAUAAGGGAAUGUGAAUCUGAGAAGGUGAUGAAAACGGUUUUGAAUAGAUGGAAUACAGCUUUUGUCAGAUUUGACUUUGUAGCAUGUUAGGAGAACUUCCGCAGCAGGUUAGGAUAAUUAAUGUAGUAGGUUAGGAUAAUUAGUUUAAGGUUAUGAAAAGGGUUAGGGUUAGAUAAAAUGCCCCCAAAAUCUUUUGACGUUAAUUUGACCAAAGAUCUAUCUCUUCUAGCCAUGACCAAUGAAAACCGAAGUUGAAAUCCAUGCUAGACUAGCAAAAGUGAUGCAUGUGUGCAACAGCAUGAUCACUGCUUCAAAUAUUUGUAUAUAUAACCCAAGAUAGACCACAGCCUGUCGUUUCCAAUGGGAGCACAUUAAUCAUAGAGGGCAGAACAAGCAAGGUGGUGGGCAGAGCCAAGCACGCGCAAGCGAGAUCCUAUUGGUGCGAUCUAGGAUGUAUUUACAUACAGUGGGGAGAACAAGUAUUUGAUACACUGCCGAUUUUGCAGGUUUUCCUACUUACAAAGCAUGCAGAGGUCUGUAAUUUUUAACAUAGGUACACUUCAACUGUGAGAGACGGAAUCUGAAACAAAUAUCAAGAAAAUCACAUUGUAUGAUUUUUAAGUAAUUAAUUUGCAUUUUAUUGCAUGACAUAAGUAUUUGAUACAUCAGAAAAGCAGAACUUAAUAUUUGGUACAGGAACCUUUGUUUGCAAUUACAGAGAUCAUACGUUUCCUGUAGGUCUUGACCAGGUUUGCACACACUGCAGCAGGGAUUUUGGCCCACUCCUCCAUACAGACCUUCUCCAGAUCCUUCAGGUUUCGAGGCUGUCGCUGGGCAAUAUGGAUUUUCAGCUCCCUCCAAAGAUGUUCUAUUGGGUUCAGGUCUGGAGACUGGCUAGGCCACUCCAGGACCUUGAGAUGCUUCUAAUGGAGCCACUCCUUAGUUGCCCUGGCUGUGUGUUUCGGGUCGUUGUCAUGCUGGAAGACCCAGCCACGACCCAUCUUCAAUGCUCUUACUGAGGGAAGGAGGUUGUUGGCCAAGAUCUUGCGAUACAUGGCCCCAUCCAUCCUCCCCUCAAUACGGUGCAGUCGUCCUGUCCCAUUUGCAGAAAAGCAUCCCCAAAGAAUGAUGUUUCCACCUCCAUGCUUCACGGUUGGGAUGGUGUUCUUGGGGUUGAACUCAUCCUUCUUCUUCCUCCAAACACGGCGAGUGGAGUUUAGACCAAAAAGCUAUAUUUUUGUCUCAUCAGACCACAUGACCUUCUCCCAUUCCUCCUCUGGAUCAUCCAGAUGGUCAUUGGCAAACUUCAGACGGGCCUGGACAUGCGCUGGCUUGAGCAGGGGGACCUUGCGUGCGCUGCAGGAUUUUAAUCCAUGACGGCGUAGUGUGUUACUAAUGGUUUUCUUUGAGAUUGUGGUUCCAGCUCUCUUCAGGUCAUUGACCAGGUCUUGCCAUGUAGUUCUGGGCUGAUCCCUCACCUUCCUCAAAAUUGUCAAAGACUCCAGCCACCCUAGUCAUAGACUGUUCUCUCUGCUACCGCACGGCAAGCGGUACCGGAGUGCCAAGUCUAGGUCCAAAAGACUUCUCAACAGCUUCUACCCCCAAGCCAUAAGACUCCUGAACAGCUAAUCAUGGCUACCCGGACUAUUUGCACUGCCCCCCCACCCCAUCCUUUUUACGCUGCUGCUACUCUGUUAAGUAAGUAUUUAUGCAUAGUCACUUUAACUCUACCCACAUGUACAUAUUACCUCAACUACCUCAACUAGCCGGUGCCCCCGCACAUUGACUCUGCAACGGUACCCCCCUGUAUAUAUAGCCUCCCUACUGUCACUUUAUUUUACUGUAUAUAUAGCCUCCCUACUGUCACUUUAUUUUACUUCUGCUCUUUUUUUCUCAACACUUUUUUUGUUGUUGUUUUAUUCUUACUUUUUUGUUGAAAAUAAAUGCACUGUUGGUUAAGGGCUGUAAGUAAGCAUUUCACUGUAAUGUCUGCACCUGUUGUAUUCGGCGCAUGUGACCAAUAAAAUUUGAUUUGAUUUGAUCAUUGAUGCCCCACGAGGUGAGAUCUUGCAUGGAGCCCCAGACCGAGGGUGAUUGACCGUCAUCUUGAACUACUUCCAUUUUCUAAUAAUUGCACCAAGAGUUGUUGCCUUCUCACCAAGCUGCUUGCCUAUUGUCCUGUAGCCCAUCCCAGCCUUGUGCAGGUCUACAAUUUUAUCCCUGAUGUCCUUACACAGCUCUCUGGUCUUGGCCAUUGUGGAGAGGUUGGAGUCUGUUUGAUUGAGUGUGUGGACAGGUGUCUUUUAUACAGGUAACUAGUUCAAACAGGUGUAGUUAAUACAGGUAAUGAGUGGAGAACAGGAGGGCUUCUUAAAGAAAAACUAACAGGUCUGUGAGAGCCGGAAUUCUUACUGGUUGGUAGGUGAUCAAAUACUUGUGUCAUGCAAUAAAAUGCAAAUUAAUUACUUAAAAAUCAUACAAUGUGAUUUUCUUGAUAUUUGUUUCAGAUUCCGUCUCUCACAGUUGAAGUGUACCUAUGUUAAAAAUUACAGACCUCUGCAUGCUUUGUAAGUAGGAAAACCUGCAAAAUCGGCAGUGUAUCAAAUACUUGUUCUCCCCACUGUAUUUCCGUUAGUGCGUGUGUGCAAUAACUCAAUUCGCCCUUGCACUCCUUCUAAACAACGCAAUUUUUUGAAACAUCCAGUGAAACAUCUGGCUCAUUGUUCUAUCUGUGACUGUGUGAUGGACUUGUUUACUGCAGUUGCUAGGCAACUGAAAGCAACAUGCUACUUAUAGAAAUAGAAAGAAUAGAACAUGCUUUGAAGCUCUAACCCUGGCAAUUUGACUGAUAAACUCAUGGGUACACUCGCAAUGGUUGCCUGGUAUAGUGCUCUGCUCCACUCAUAGAACUGGAGUUACAACUCCGGUAACUAUUGUUCUAUAUCGUGGAGCUCCGCCCCAUAGGGGAGCUCUGCUCCUAUUUGGUUUACCCCGCUGCCUAGGCAGCGAACAGCCUGAGACAAAAUUAUGCACACACCUGCAGCCAAUAGGAGUACAGGUGUCCCUAUAAGAGGGGACACUUCCCCUCAAUCAGCCUCCCAUUAUCUUCAGCGACUGGACUGAAGAAGCUACGAGACGAAGACUCAGGAUGAAGAACGCUGUUGAUUUUCAGCUCAAUGUCGCUGUUCCGCCAUGACGGCUUCUGACCCCCACGAUUUAUGUUUCGUGUGUUUAGGGUCACAGCACGCCAGGGACGGCCUCAUUGAUCUGCCAGCUGCGCCCUCCUUUCUUUAAAGGAGAGGAAGCAGCGUUGGGCAUUUUUCAGGGGGCAUAUUCCUCUUGAGGAUGUGCUAUCGGUGUUAGCCUCAGCUUCUGAGGUGUCAUCCAAGGGCGCUAAUUCAGGAGAAGAAAGGGAUAUUGGGGAUGAGAUGGAUAUUCCAUUGGAACAAUCCGUCUCAAUGACCCAGAUUUUCAAGAACCCCUUUCCUUUGGAAAGCAAGAGGUCAUGUUCAUCCCUGGGCAAUGACGACACGGGCUCUGAACAUUCAGCAGCCCUGUCUUACGCUGCAGCCUCUCUGCGCUCAGAUUUUCCAGGGCUCAUUGAGAGGGCUGCCAAACGUCUAGAGAUCAAGCUGCCCUCCAGAUCGGAAGUGGAUAUGAUGGAGGACGGCCCUUAUUCUCGGCCGAGGAGGAAGGCGGAGCCUCUGGCUCCAGCCAUGCCCUCACUUGGUAAGUACGUUAAGGGCUCAUAGGAGGCACCUUUGGCGGUGCGUUCGCCGGCCAAGGCGUACCUCCCAUUCACCAGAGUGGAAGGGAGACACCAGGGCUUCUCAAAGGGAAUCCCCAGGCUCGAGAGCGCCAUGGCUGCGUAUCUCGUGCCGGGUUCGAGUCCCUGGCCCUCGUCCAAGAAAGCCACCUUGCCUACACAGAAGGACCGAUUCACAGCGCAGCUUCUUGAGAAGUCCUUUGUGUUGGGAGCCCAAGCUGUAGCAGCAGCAAAUAACAUUGCCCUCCUCGCAGCUUCUCUGUCCCGCUUAACCACGGGUAGGACUGAGCUCACGAGGGAGGAGGUGGAAGAGGUGUCCAGGAUUUCUGGCGCUAUUCUCCACCUGACACAAGCGUCAGCUGUCUGUGCAGGGAGGUCCAUGGCCACUUCGGUGGUCACGGAGCGACACCUGUGGCUGUCCAUGACGGCCAUGAAGGAGGCUGAUAGAGCGUCGCUCUUGAAUGCCCCCAUCUCUGACGACAGCCUUUUUGGGGUCGUCGUCAAGGAUGCGACGGUGCGAUUCAUGAAGCUGGACGAGGAGAGGAAGCAGUUGGCCAGACACCUGCCACUGGCAGGGAGAUCUAGCCAUGCGACGCAGAAACCGUCCACCUCCACCGUCUCUAGUAGACCUGUGUCUACUGCAAGGCGUCGUGCCCGGCGUCAGACGGCGACUUCGAGCAGCAGGAGAGAGGGCUCCGCCCCCCCAGCAGCACCUGAGGUUCCGAACAUUCCGCCGGCAAGGGAGGUCAUCAGAACGCCGACCUGGCAUCACCCGAAGGGCAGCCAGAAGCGACGGCGUCUAUGACAGGACGAGGAGGAGAGAAUGGAGGCUGGCACAGUGUCUGGUUCGACUGCGCCCACUAUUCCCACCCCACCCUUCUGUUGAGGGUACGGAGGAGACUAUGUAUCGACGUGUGUAAUAAAGAGUUGGCUCCAAUUGACUUUGUCACAAGAGAGCCCCUUUUCCAUAAUACAUCUGAGAACGUUCAGGAUUCUUCACUCUAUGUCUCUCUCUCACCACUCUGAGUGUAGCUCAGCCCACCAAGGGUGCGUAGUUGAGUACACACGAGGCGGGUGUUAAGGUGACAAGGCGCCGCCUUGCUUUACCUCAUAAAGACCUCACAUCACAGACUUCUAGUGCUGUAGUGAAGGUCUCACAUAGCAGACUGCAGUCACAGCCAGAUAAUGGAAUGAUGACGCAAUCGCUAUUCGGGGACGGCGCUCUGUCUCAGGCUCCUCAGUCAGUGCAGUUCAGACCCGUGCUGCAUUCACGGAGGGCCGGGAUAUCGAGGUUACGAGUUUAACCAACGUAUCGGCGUCCCCGUUUCUCUCCGAAUGAGCUAAUGUUUCCUCUCCCUUUCUUGGGAGGCCCACCUUGGGCUGUUCCACAACUUCAGUGUUGGGGAAGAGCAGCGGCGAGGGCCGUCGAGGAAUACAGGUCCUUCCUACUGAAUGUACCACAGCUUCGCGCUCUUCCGCUUUCUCUGCAUUGCUGGGAGUGGCGGCGAAGCUGUACCCUCUCUCUCUGGUUAGACCAGACGCUUCAGAAGGGUUAUGCCAUCCAAUUUCAUCGGACCCCUCCCCCAUUCAGGGGGGUGGUGGAGACGGUAAUGAAAACUCCCGAAAAAAUCACCACUCUGGUUGCAGAGAUUACGGAAUUUUUGGCGAAGGAGGCGGUCACAGUAGUUCCCUGGGAGCAAAGGAACAAAGGACUAUAUUCGCCCUAUUUCCUGGUGCCAAAAAAGACAGGGGGAUUUACGCAUUCUCAACGAGAGCGUAGCCAAACGGCCCUUCCGAAUGCUAAAGACAAAACGUCUACUGGAAUGUGUCCAGAAGAGAGACUUUUGUACGAGCAUAGACCUAAAGGACGCGUACUUUCAUGUGCCGGUGCAGCUGCGUCACAGGAAGUUUCUGCGGUUCGCCUUUCAAGGGGUGGCGUACGAGUUCACGAGGAUGCCAUUCGGGUACACCCUGGCACCUCGCACGUUUUCCAAAUGUGUGGAGGCGGCAUUAGAACCGUUGCAUCGUCAGGGAAUAAGGCUACUAGCCUACCUAGACGACCUACUGGUUCUCGCCCCGUCAGCAGAGCUGGCGUUCACUCACACGACACAGACAGUGAUUAUCUCACGCGUCUGGGUUCGCUGUGAAUUGGAAAAAGAGCUGUGGGCUCACGAGCACCUUCGCUCAUUGAGAGCAGCACACAUUCCAGGCUACUUGAACGUAGGGGCAGACAUCAAGUCUCGAGGGGGUCCUCGAGACAACGAGUGGCGUCUGCAUCCGAACAUCAUUCUCCAAAUUUGGGAACGGUUCGGGAGAGACGAGGUGGAUCUAUUCGCGUCACGCGUGAACGCGCAUUGCCCUCUUUGGUUCCCUCUUCGAGCUCAGGACGAACCGCCACUGGGGAGGGACGCAUUUGCACACCGACUGUGGCCGAGAGUUCUCCUGUAUGCUUUCCCACCGCUGUCCUGCAUUCUCCCACUGUUAGCCAGUGUGAGAUCAGGCGGGCUGUCAAUCAUAUUGGUGGCUCCCGAUCGCCCAGGGGCUCCAUGGUUCGCGGAGAUGAUUCAGAUGUUGAUUGCACCACCUUGGCCAAUUCCACAUCAACGGGACACGUUGUCUCAGGCGGGAGGCGCGAUAGGGCAGUUGCCCAUAAUCGGCCAACCACUGAAGGCUUGGCUCCUGAGAGGGACAGGCUAGAGCGCCGUGGGUUAUCUGAUUCUGUAAUCAGAACCAUACAGGGUUCACGUGCCAGUUCCACUUCUAGGGUUCAUGCCAGCAAAUGGAACGUGUUUUCACAGUGGUGUGCCACAGAAAAUGUGGACCCCGUGUGCUGUCAGGUUGAGAGUGUUCUCUCGUUCCUACAGUUCUUAUUUGAUAAGCAACGAUCGCCCGCCACCAUUAAGGUGUUUGCAGCGGCGAUUUCGGCUUGUCAUGAGGGGUUUGGCAGAGACACUCUCAUCAGCCACCCUCUGGUGAAACGUUUCCUUUUGGGAACACGGCGGAUUAGGCCAACACCUAGAGCCACGGUUCCUCAGUGGGAUUUGUCUCUGGUACUCGAAGCGCUCUGCGAGCCGCCGUUCGAACCAUUGAACCAAAUUCCCCUCAAGAUGCUGUCUUUGAAGACUGCAUUGUUGCUCGCUUUGACUACUGCUAAGCGUGUCAGUGAUUUGUGUGCGCUUUCUACGAGACCCGACUGCCUUGCCCUUAAUGGCGAUUUGAGCAGAGCGUUGUUACAGUGAGGGAAAAAAGUAUUUGAUCCCCUGCUGAUUUUGUACGUUUGCCCACUGACAAAGACAUGAUCAGUCUAUAAUUUUAAUGAUAGGUUUAUUUGAACAGUGAGAGACAGAAUAACAACAACAAAAAUCCAGAAAAAUGCAUGUCAAAAAUGUUAUAAAUUGAUUUGCAUUUAAAUGAGGGAAAUAAGUAUUUGACCCCUCUGCAAAACAUUACUUAGUACUUGGUGGCAAAACCCUUGUUGGCAAUCACAGAGGUCAGAUGUUUCUUGUAGUUGGCCACCAGGUUUGCACACAUCUCAGGAGGGAUUUUGUCCCACUCCUCUUUGCAGAUCUUCUCCAAGUCAUUAAGGUUUCGAGGCUGACGUUUGGCAACUCAAACCUUCAGCUCCCUCCACAUAUUUUCUAUGGGAUUAAGGUCUGGAGACUGGCUAGGCCACUCCAGGACCUUAAUGUGCUUCUUCUUGAGCCACUCCUUUGUUGCCUUGGCUGUGUGUUUUGGGUCAUUGUCAUGCUGUAAUACCCAUCCACGACCCAUUUUCAAUGCCCUGGCUUAGGGAAGGAGGUUCUCACCCAAGAUUUAACGGUACAUGGCCCCGUCCAUCGUCCCUUUGAUGCGGUGAAGUUGUCCUGUCCCCUUAGCAGAAAAACACCCCCAAAGCAUAAUGUUUCCACCUCCAUGUUUGACGGUGGGGAUGGUGUUCUUGGGGUCAUAGGCAGCAUUCCUCCUCCUCCAAACACGGCGAGUUGAGUUGAUGGUAAAGAGCUCGAUUUUGGUCUCAUCUGACCACAACACUUUCACCCAGUUCUCCUCUGAAUCAUUCAGAUGUUCAUUGGCAAACUUCAGACGGGCCUGUAUAUGUGCUUUCUUGAGCAGGGGGACCUUGCGGGCGCUGCAGGAUUUCAGUCCUUCACGGCAUAGUGUGUUACCAAUUGUUUUCUUGGUGACUAUGGUCCCAGCUGCCUUGAGAUCAUUGACAAGAUCCUCCCGUGUAGUUCUGGGCUGAUUCCUCACCGUUCUCAUGAUCAUUGCAACUCCACGAAGUGAGAUCUUGCAUGGAGCCCCAGGCCGAGGGAGAUUGACAGUUCUUUUGUGUUUCUUCCAUUUGCGAAUAAUCGCACCAACUGUUGUCACCUUCUCACCAAGCUGCUUGGCGAUGGUCUUGUAGCCCAUUCCAGCCUUGUGUAGGUCUACAAUCUUGUCCCUGACAUCCUUGGAGAGCUCUUUGGUCUUGGCCAUGGUGGAGAGUUUGGAAUCUGAUUGAUUGAUUGCUUCUGUGGACAGGUGUCUUUUAUACAGGUAACAAGCUGAGAUUAGGAGCACUCCCUUUAAGAGUGUGCUCCUAAUCUCAGCUCGUUACCUGUAUAAAAGACACCUGGGAGCCAGAAAUCUUUCUGAUUGAGAGGGGGUCAAAUACUUAUUUCCCUUAUUAAAAUGCAAAUCAAUUUAUAACAUUUUUGACAUGCGUUUUUUUCUGGAUUUUUUUGUUGUUAUUCUGUCUCUCACUGUUCAUAUAAACCUACCAUUAAAAUUAUAGACUGAUCAUUUCUUUGUCAGUGGGCAAACGUACAAAAUCAGCAGGGGAUCAAAUACUUUUUUCCCUCACUGUAUAGGACAUGACUCCUGAUUGACAUGUUCAGUACAGUAGAGGGAAUGUUGUUAAUCUGCCCACCAGUGUUACUGGGUUGGGGCGGGAUAAUGAGGGAAAUAGUUUUAGUAACUUUGUUACAUUACUAUUAGACCGGUCAUAAAAUAUUGACGGAAUUGUGACAUCAUCUAUCUGCUGGUUCAGAUUAGUAUGACUCAUAUUCUGGUUAUCUGCCCACUAGACAUUGGCAAUGCCAUUGGACUAGGUGGGGCGGAUUUGUACCGAGGACACAGUAUAUUGUAACACAGUGUGUUACAGUACUGUGGGACUUGGUCGCAGCCAUUGCUAGGCCCGACCUUUUCAUUUAAGUGGGAAGUGUUGGGCUCGGCAGGGAGUUCAUUUUGGAGCGUUGCGCUCUGCCUUAAACCAAUAGGAGCAGAGCUCCCCUAUGGGGCGGAGCUCCACGAUAUAGAACGAUAGUUACCGGAGUUGUAGCUCCAGUUCUAUGAGUGGAGCGGAGCCCCAUAGGACUUAAGGCCCUGCCAACCCUCCAGUCUCGCUGAAGAUCAUUUCUUGGGAGGCUGAUUGAGGGGAUGCGUCCCCUCUUAUAGGGACACCUGUACUCCUAUUGGCUGCAGGUGUGUGCACAAUUUUGUCUCAGGCUGUUCGCUGCCUAGGCAGCGGGGUAAACCAAUAGGAGCAGAGCUCCCCUAUGGGGCUCCGCUCCACUCAUAGAACUGGAGUUACAACUCCGGUAACUAUCGGUACACUCGCAAUGGCUGCCUGGUAUUGUGAUGCAAUAAUUUCCAUGGUAAUUUGGGAUGUUCUAUCAACUGAUGCUCAAUUGCCAUGGUAACUUAGAAUGUUCAUAAAUUAUGCUAACUGAUGUGGCUCAUGCAAUGGAAUGCACCUACUACCAUACCCUGUUCAAAGGCACUUAAACCUUUUUUGUCUUGCCCAUUCACCCUCUGAAUGGCACACAUACACAAUACCUUAUUGUCUUAAGGCUUAAAAAUAAUUUAACUGGUCUCCUCCCCUUCAUCUACACUGAUUGAAGUGGAUUUAACAAGUGACAUAAGGGAUCAUAGCUUUCACUUGGAUUCAUCUGGUCAGUUUGUCAUGGAAAUAGCAGGUGUUCUUAAUGUUUGUACACUCAGUGUAUGUCUAAAUAAAGCACAAAAUAAAAGCACUCAACACGACAGACAUAGGGGAGAGACUGUAAAUCGUUAGCCAUGUAGGAGUCAAUUUAAAAUAAAAUGGAGUGCGUACGUUUCUUAUCACCCACCCUUACUAGAUACAAGGGUUAGUUCGCCAAUGGUCUUAAUCAGAUCAGUCUAUCAAAUCAGUCAUAUAGAAUAGUCCAUCUGUGGCUCUGUAUCAAAUUACCUGAAAUGUGAAGCGUUACUCAACCCCAAUUUCAGCCUUUGCCCAACCCCUUAAAAUAAAAAUUUUAAAAAGCGAUCAGGUAAGACAUUUGUGGGUGGGGGGAGUUGCUCAUAAAUAUUCAUUUUGGGGGCGGGUAAAUGUAGUUGUGCCAGAUCCCAACACUUUCUCACUAUAAGUGUACUGAUAAUAAAAUUGUGCUUUGCGAGGAAAUAUGGUUCUGGACAGUUAGCUCACAGUGGUAACGUGCUUAGUUUCUGACAUCUAUUUCCACUUGCGGUGUAAGUUCGAAUCCCCCAUUGGGCACCCCAAAAAUAUAUUUAAAAUGUGGAUUCACAUUUAUUGCGGUAUUGUGUUGGGAAGAAAAGUGCAAUCAUCACCUUGAAAAUGAAGAUUAGGGGUUCAAUCCAACCUGCAUUGUCGUAAUUAUUUAUGCAAUAGCUCUUUUUCCAAUGGUCAAACUAACUCACAGAUUGGUCUUGGGUACUGUAUAUAAAAAAACUACUACCAGGGCGACCCCUCUAACAGGUAUGCUUUCACUUUUCAAAAUUAGAAGUGUGUGUGUACGGGAUGAAUAUUGUAAAUAAAGGAUAAAAAAGAUUUAAAAAAAGAUAUCUGACCCAUGUGGGAUUAGAACUCACAACCGUUGAACCAAGAACCAACUGUCUUAGCGGACUGUGUCACCAAUUAGUCAUAGGGGGUGGGGAAAAAAACGAGUUCACAUGACCACCAUUGUCAUCUAUUUCUUGUUUACGAUGGGAUGGAUGUACACUACAUGACCAAAAGUAUGUGGACACCUGCUCGUCAAAUAUCUCAUUCCAAAAUCAUGGGCAUUAAUAUGGAGUUGGUCCCCCCUUUGCUGCUAUAACAGCCUCCACUCUUCUGGGAAGGCUUUCCACUAGAUGUUGGAACAUUGCUGCAGGGACUUGCUUCCAUUCAGCCACGAGCAUUAGUGAGGUCGGGCCCUGAUGUUGGGCGAUUUGGCCUGGCUCGCAGUCUGCGUUCCAACUCAUCCUAAAGGUGUCAGAUGGGCUUGAGAUCAGGGCUCUGUGCAGGCCAGUCAAGUUCUUCCACACCGAUCUCGACAAACCAUUUCUGUAUGGACCUCGCUUUGUGCACGGCGGCAUUGUCAUGCUGAAACGGGAAAAUGCUUUCCCCAAACUGUUGCCAUAACGUUGGAAGCACAGAAUGGUCUAGAAUGUCAUUGUAUGCUGUAGCGUUAAGAUUUCCCUUCACUGGAACUAAGGGGCCUAGCCCGAACCAUGAAAAACAGCCCUAGACCAUUAUUCCUCCUCCACCAAACUGUACAGGGCAGAUUUGUCCGAUGGACUGCCAGAUGGUUAAGCGUGAUUCAUCACUCCAGAGCAUGUUUCCACUGCUCCAGAGUCUAAUGACGGCGAGCUUUACACCACUCCAGCCAACAUUUGCCAUUGCGCAUGGUGAUCUUAGGCUUGUGUGCGGCUGCUCGGCCAUGGAAACCCAUUUCAUGAAGCUCCUGACGAACAGUUCUUGUGCUGACGUUGCUUCCAGAGGCAGUUUGGAACUCAGUAGUGAGUGUUGCAACCGAGGACAGACGAGUUUUACACGCUACGCGCUUCAGCACUCGGUGGUCCCGUUCUGUGAGCUUGUGUGGCCUACCAUUUUGCAGCUGAGCCGUUGUUGCUCCUAGACGUUUCCACUUCACAAUAACAGCACUUACAGUUGACCGAGGCAGCUCUAGCAGUGCAGAAAUUUGACUGACUUGUUGGAAAGGUAGCAUCCUAUGACUGUGCCACGUUGAAAGUCACUGAGCUCUUCAGUAAGGCCAUUCUACUGCCAAUGUGUCUAUAUGGAGAUUGCAUGGCUGUGUGCUCGAUUUUAUACACCUAUCCGCAAGGGUGUAGAUGAAAUAGCCAAAUCCACUCACCUUGUGAGAAGGGGUGUCCACAUACUUUUGCAUAUAUAGUGUAGGUACGAAUAUAAUCGUAUAAUCCUCAUAGCCUACAUGUUUAUUUGUCUUUGUAGAAACACAGAUGUAUAUGAAACGGUAAGCAAAAACUUUGAAUUUGGUCAUGUGGAAAUGUGCCUUACUGCCUUGUGAAUUUUGUGUAAUGUCUGUAGUGUAGUCAAGGAAGCAUCAUGGUAAAUAUAUUGGCACACUCCAUUGCCAAAUAAGGCGCGCUGUCACCUGCUUUUAUAGUAAGCUUUGAGGUGGUACCACCCAGCACAUCUAGAGAGGAGUGUAUUUCAUACCGAACCCCUCCCACCUUCACAAGGUGUCUCUACAUCACGAUUUCAAUGGUAGAGUUUAACUUAUGCAACAAACUGUCAAAAUAAAGACCAGAAUUAACUUGUUUCACUAUAACUAAUCUGGUUUUAGAUAUUUUUUUUCUUCCUGAAAGUUACUUUUUAAAAUGUGGCAGCUUCUAGGGCUUUUAGCCAAACGUUGCAAUAUGGUGUAGAAUGAAAUGCCUUACUCCUACAUAGUCCAACAAGAACACAAAUACUAGCAUACUGAUUAUGUAUCAGUAUUUUGUUUUUAUAUGCCCUGUUGCGUGACAUGAUGAAAAUUGCCACAUACCACUUAUCCAAUUUGUAAAUCGCUCUGGAUUAGAGCAUCUGCUAAAUUAUGUAAAUGUAAUUGAAUCCUCUUGGUCCCUUGGGACACAUAAGGCACCACAUACCACAAGUAACACAGACUGUAAUUGAUUUUAACGGGUCCUGUGUGUCUCUAUUACAGAUCAGAAAGGUGGCUACCAGCAGAAGCAGGGUGGCUACAACAGAGGUAAGUGCCAAUCUUGUAAACACAGGUCUGCCUUAGGGUGUGUGUGUGUGUUUCCGUACCACUGACCACAAUAUUAUCCUUAGCAAACCUGAACAUUUCUUAGAGUGGAUGCAACGCAGGUGGUCGCUGUCCUGUAUUUUGAAUGUUGUAAUGAUGUAUUAUUUUCUCUCAAUGCAUUGAGAGGUAAUUAUAAUGCAUGGUUUAUUGAAUAUGUUAAAAUGUUUGGGUGUGAGGGUGGUGGUGUAUUGCCCAUUUCUCACUACUGAGACGGGCUGCCUGGUUAUACAUCCACCAUAAAUACUGGAACCGUGCCGGAGAGGACAAUGUGAAAAUAAAAUAUUAAGCUAACACAAUGAGAUUGUGGCUGGCACGAUAGUGUGAAAAAAGUAUUGCCUGUAGGCAAUAGGCAUAUAUUGUGUGGGAAAAAACUGAAUAUUUGUGUUUGUAUGUGAUAUUUAUUUUGUUAUCCCACGCUCAUUGCGUGCCGCAGCUGUGUGUAAUUCUAAACUGUUUUCACUGUACGGUUUCAGACCAGAGAGGCAGUUACCAACAGAAGCAAGGUGUUACAACAGAGGUGUUUGAAAUAAUUGAUUGAAAUGCAUGAUUGUCUGAAUCUUAUAAGAGAGCAACUGUGUGUAUGGGUCUUAUUUCAGUUUGAUGUGAGAGAGAGUGAGACAAAAAAAUAUAUAUGUCGUCAGAAAUGUGUUAUUUUUUCAGCUGUGUGUAAAGUGUUUUCAUUGUACGUUUUCAGACGGUCAGAGAGGCGGCUACCAACAGAAGCAAGGAGGUUACAACAGAGGUGCUUAUGAACCAAUUUCUACUGCCUUUAUUUUCUAAUGAAUGUCUUUAUUGAAAAAAUAAAAUCUUAUGAUAUUUUUAAAGCCACUAUCAGUGAGCUGCAGACACCUCUUAUCAUUCUGUCGUGCCAGAGCCGCUGGACAUGGUUGAUACUAUUCUAGAACCAUCAGGAUUUGACACCUACAGAAUGGCGGCAACAACCAUCUUUUUAAUAUCUACAUUUUAAAGAGUAUUGUAAUAUGUAUAUCUUCACAUUGUGUUUAGGCAGUUCUUCAGAAACAUUGGGAUAAGUUAGAAUUUCUAAGAACACAAUGUAUUAAUGGGUUUACUGCACUGUAAAUACUGUCUUAAUUGUAUUGAGGGAUUGCUCUAGCUUGAACUGUGAAACAGAAAGAACAUGUAAUUGAACCCAGUAACAGCUUCUUGCUAUGACGACAAAUAUUUUAUUUUACGUAAACCCAGAUGCAAGGUCAAUUGAUGAAAGCAUAGCUGAACAAUUAACUUGAUAUAAAGUGUGAACAAGCACAAAUGUAUAGACAUUAUAAAGGAAAAUAACUGUUAUUAAAGUGCACAAGUCAUUUGUGGAUUAUAUUGGACACAUUAGUUGUGGCCUCGCUUGUGCUUACAGUUUAUGGUUACGGUUGUUUUCAGACGGAGGCGGUUACCAACAAAGGCAAGGCGGUUACAACCGAGGUGCUUAUGAACCAUUUUAUACCACCUUUAUUUUCUUAUGAAUGUCUGAAUUCUCCUUCUGUUUCUUCGUAAAGCUACCGUCAGUGAGCUGCAGUCCCCUCUUCUCCCAUUUCGAAAUGCCCAAACCUUGGGCACCAUUAAUAGUAGUCUAGAAUGGGAUUUGACGCCUAUAACAUUAUUAUUUUUUAAAGUGUACUAAUUCCAUGUAAUAUAUACCAUCGUAAAAACAAUGCAUUGGUUAUGUUUAGGUAGUUCUAAGGAAACCAGUAUUUCAAACAUACUAUCAACUUUAUAUUUAUUUGUGGAAAAAAACACACAUUUUGUUUUUAUUUGUGGAUUACUUGAGCUAAAACUCUGAAACAGAAAGAACAUGUAUUUGAACCCAGUAACAUAUUAUUUAUAUAACGAGAAAGAAAAGUACCCUAAACCCGCAUGCAAAUCAUGAAAACAUAACUAACCACCAAUGCAAACAAGCACAAAAGUCAUUUGUAGAAUAUAUUGGACACGUUAGUUGUGGCCUCGCACAUGCUUACCAUUUAAGGUUGGUUUCAGACGGAGGCGGUUACCAACAGAGGCAAGGCGGUUACAACCGAGGUGCAUAUUAAUUUAUACCACCUUUAUCCUCUAAAAAAUUUCUGAAUUUUUACUUCAGUUUUUUCUUAAAGCCACAGUCUGUGACCUGCACUCACCCCUUAUCAUCCCUUCAUGCCUGAGCUUUUAGGCCACUCUAAAAACAUCCCCCCACAUUUAAUUUUUUUCACAUUCUCUCCUGCAGUCUUUCACUUCCGUUCUUCGCACAACUUGUUAGCAUUAGCCCACACAUAGUACAGUGCAUUCGGAAAGUAUUCAGACCCCUUGACUUUUUCCACAUUUUGUUACGUUACAGCCUUAUUCUAAAUUUGAUGAAAUUGUUUUUUUCCCCCUCAAUCUACACACAAUACCCCAUAAUGACAAAGCAAAAACAGGUUUAUAGAAAAUGUAUAAAAAAAUAAAAGACUGAAAUAUCACAUUUCCAUAAGUAUUCAGACCCUUUACUCAGUACUUUGUUGAAGUACCUUUGGCAGCGAUUAUAGCCUUGAGUCUUCUUGGGUAUGAUGCUACAAGCUUGUCACACCUGUAUUUUGGGAGUUUCUCCCAUUCUUCUCUGCAGAUCCUCUCAUGCUCUUGUCAGGUUGGAUGGGGAGCGUCGUUGCACAGCUAUUUUCAGGUCUCUCCAGAGAUGUUCAAUCAGGUUCAGGUCCGGACUCUGGUUGGGCCACUCAAGGACAUUCAAAGACUUGUCCCGUUGUCUUGGCUGUGUGCUUAGGGUCGUUGUCCUGUUGGAAGGUGAACCUUCGCCCCUCUCUGAGGUCCUGAGUGCUCUGGAGCAGGUUUUCAUCAAGUAUCUCGCUGUACUUUGCUCCGUUCAUCUUUCCCUCGAUCCUGACUAGUUUCCCAGUCCCUGCUGCUGAAAAACAUCCCGACAGCAUGAUACUGCCACCACCAUGCUUCACCGUAGGGAUGGUGCCAGGUUUCCACCAGACGUGACGCUUGGCAUUCAGGGCAAAGAGUUCAAUCUUGGUUUCAUCAGACCAGAGAAUCUUGAGUCCUUUAGGGGCCUUUUGGCAAACUCCAAGCGGACUGUCGUGCCUUUUACUGAGGAGUGGCUUCCGUCUGGCCACUCUACCAUAAAGGCCUGAUUGGUGGAGUGCUGCAGAGAUGGUUGUCCUUCUGGAAGGUUCUCCUAUCUCCACAGAGGAACUCUGGAGCACUGUCAGAGUGAGCAUUGGGUUCUUGGUCACCUCCCUGACCAAGGCCCUUCUUCCCCGAUUGCUCUGUUUGCCCGGGCGGCCAGCUCUAGGAAGAGUCUUAGUGGUUCCAAACUUCUUCCAUUCAAGAAUGAUGGAGGCCACUGUGUUCUUGGGGACUUUCAAUGCUGCAGCACUUUUUUGGUACCCUUCCCCAGAUCGGUGCCUCAAUACAAUCCUGUCUCUGAGCUCUAAGGACAAUUCCUUCUACCUCCUGGCUUGGUUUUUGCUCUGACAUGCACUGUCAACUGUGGGACCUUAUACAGACAGUUGUGCAUACCUUUCUAAAUCAUGUCAAAUCAAUUUAAUUUACCACAGGUGGACUCCAUGUCACGCUCUGGCUCCGGGACUGUGUAUUUUGAGCCAGGGUGUGUUCAUUUGGUUGUGUUUGGUAUUGGUUGUGUUGUAUUUGGUUGUGUUUCCUUGUUUGGUCGUGUGACUCCCAAUCAGUGGUAACGGGUGUCAGCUGUCGGCUCGUUAUCUCUGAUUGGGAGCCAUAUUUAAACUGUCAGUGUUCACCUUAGUGUUGUGGGUUUUUGUUCCUUGUCAGUCAUUGUAACUGAGGACUUCACGAUUCGUCGUUGUUUGUUGUUUUUGUAGUGAGUACUUUAAUUUAAUAAAGUCAUGUUCGCUCAACGCGCUGCGCUUUGGUCUCCCUCAUUAGACGAUCGUGACAGAAAAACCCACCUUAACCAGAUCAAGCAGCAUGAAGAAGAGAGAGGAUGGACUUGGGAGCAGUUGAGUAGGAGUCUCGACUGGGCCAAGCCAAGAGAAGAGGAGAGAGGCUGGACUUUGGAGCAGUGGGGUGAUAGUCUGGCGAGAACGAUGGAGGCCUGGUCCACGAAGAGGAGAGAACCCCAGAAAAUUUUUAGGGGGGGGCUCACGACGUCGGACCAGCAGGAGGCCGCGAUAGAGCGGUCCAGUGGGUUGCCGGAGGAGGCCGUCGGGUUACGGGGGCCACUGGUCGAAGAGGGGAUGGAGGAAGUAGAGGCACGGCGAGAGGUACUGGCGUGUGUUGCCAGUCCGGUCCGGCCCGUUCCUGCUCUCCGCGCCAAGUCUGUGGUGCGCGUUGCCAGCCCUGUCAGGCCCGUGCCUGCUCUCCGCACCAAGUCUAUGGUGCGUUUCGUCAGCCCUGUCCGGCCCGUUCCUGCUCUCCGCACCAAGUCUGUGGUGCGCGUCGCCAGCCCAGUCCGGCCCAUCCAAGCUCCCCGCACCAGGUCAGUGGUGCGCGUCGUCAGCCCGGUCCGGCUCAGUCCUGCUCCCCGCACCAAGACAAGGGUGCGAGUCGUCAGCCGGAUUCAGCCUGUUCCUGCCACUCGCACCAAGUCAAGGGUGCGAGUCGUCAGCCGGAUUCAGCCCAUUCCUGCUACUCGCACCAAGCCAAGGGUGCGAGUCGUCAGCCGGAUUCAGCCCAUUCCUGCUACUCGCACCAAGCCAAGGGUGCGAGUCGUCAGCCGGAUUCAGCCCAUUCCUGCUACUCGCACCAAGCCAGGGAUGCGAGUCUUCAGCCUGGUGAGGCCUGUUCCGGCUCCACGCACCAUGCAAAGGGUGCGUAUCGUCUGCCAGGUCCGGUCCAUUCCUGCCUCACGCGCCAAGCCAGGGGUGCGCGUCGGCAGUCCUGAUCCAGCUAACUGGGUCAGAUCGGACUGGGGGCACUACGGGGGGAUUGUAGUAGGGUGGUGGUCAAGCCCGGAGCCGGAGCCGCCUCCGAGGAGCAAUACCCACCCAGCCCUUCCCUAUUUGGGGUGUAGGCGCGGUCGGAGUCCGCGCCUUUAGGGGGGGGUACUGUCACGCUCUGGCUCCGGGACUGUGUAUUUUGAGCCAGGGUGUGUUCAUUUGGUUGUGUUUGGUAUUGGUUGUGUUGUAUUUGGUUGUGUUUCCUUGUUUGGUCGUGUGACUCCCAAUCAGUGGUAACGGGUGUCAGCUGUCGGCUCGUUAUCUCUGAUUGGGAGCCAUAUUUAAACUGUCAUUGUUCACCUUAGUGUUGUGGGUUUUUGUUCCUUGUCAGUCAUUGUAACUGAGGACUUCACGAUUCGUCGUUGUUUGUUGUUUUUGUAGUGAGUACUUUAAUUUAAUAAAGUCAUGUUCGCUCAACGCGCUGCGCUUUGGUCUCCCUCAUUAGACGAUCGUGACACUCCAAGCAAGUUGUAGAAGCAUAUCAACGAUGACCAAUGGAAACAGGAUGUACCUGAGCUCAAUUUUGAGUCUCAUAGCAAAGGGUCUGAAUACUUAUGUAAAUAAGAUAUGUUUUUUAUUUUUUAUACAUUUUUACAAAUGUGGAAAAUGUCAAUACACUGUAUAUAAGGUCCCACAGUUUACAGUGCAUGUCAGAGCAAAAACCAAGCCAUGAGGUCGAAGGAAUUGUCCGUAGAGCUCUGAGACAGGAUUGUGCCAAGGCACAGAUCUGGCGAAGGGUACCAAUAAAUGUCUGCAGCAUUGGAAGUCCAAGAACACAGUGGCCUCCAUAAUUUUUAAAUGGAAGAAGUUUAGAACCUGGCCAAACUGAGCAAUCGGGGGAGAAGGGCCUUGGUCAGGGAGGCGACCAGGAACCCAAUGUUCACUCUGACAGAGCUCCAGAGUUCUUCUGUGGAGAAAGGAGAACCUUCCAGAAGGACAACCAUCUCUGCAGCACUCCACCAAUCAGGCCUUUAUGGUAGAGCGGCCAGACGGAAGCCACUCCUCAGUAAAAGGCACAUGACAGCCCGCUUGGAGUUUGUCAAAAGGCACCUAAAGGACGUUCAGACCAUGAGAAACAGUAUUCUCUGGUCUAAUGAAACCAAGAUUGAACUCUUUGGCCUGAAUGCCAAGUGUCACGUCUGGAGGAAACUUGGCACCAUCCCUACGGUGAAGCAUGGUGGUGGCAGCAUCAUGCUGUGGGGAUGUUUUUAAGCGGCAGGAACUGGGAAACUAGUCAGGAUUGAGGGUAAGAUGAACGGAGCAAAGUACAGCGUAAGGGCUAUUUGACCAAAGAGAGUGAUGGAGUGCUGCAUCAGAUGACCUGGCCUCCACAAUCACCCGUCCUCAACCCAAUUGAGAUGGUUUGGGAUGAGUUGGACCACAGAGUGAAGGAACAGCAGCCAACAAGUGCUCAGCAUAUGUGGGAACUCCAUCAAGACCGUUGGCAUUCCUCAUGAACUGGUUGUGAGAAUGCCAAGAGUGUGCAAAGCUGUCAACAAGGCAAAGAGGGUGGCUACUUUGAAGAAUCUCAAAUAUAAAAUAUAUUUUGAUUUGUUCAACACUUUUUUAUUUACUACAUGAUUCCAUAUGUGUUAUUUCAUAAUUUUGAUGUCUUCACUAUUAUUCUACAAUGUAGAAAAUAGUAAAUAUAAAGAAAGACCCUUGAAUGAGUAGGUGUGUCCAAACUUUUGACUGGUACUGUAUCUACAUUUGCAAAAAUGUCUAAAAUCUGUUUUUGCUUUGUCAUUAUGGGGUAUUUUGUGUAGAUUGAUCAGGGGGAAAAAACAAUUUUAAUCAAUUUUAGAAUAAGGCUGUAAUGUAACAAAGUGGAAAAGGUCAAGGGGUCUGAAUACUUUCCGACGUUUGACUUUUCUGUUCACAUUUUCCUAAUUUAAUCUCUUCAAACCAUUAUUUUCUUUCUCCAUCUCUGGUUCUCUCCACAGAUGGAAACAGAGGCGGUGGUGGCUACCAGGGGCAGAACAGGGGGGGCUACCAGGGAGGCGGGGGCUACCAGGGUGGUGGCGGUGGCGGCUACCAGGGUGGUGGCGGUGGCGGCUACCAGGGUGGUGGCGGUGGUGGCGGGGGCGGCUACCAGGGUGGUGGCAGUGGUGGAUACAGGGGAGGCUACAAGGGGGGCUACCAGAACCAGGACAGGAGAGACUACUGA